UUCUGCCAAUUUGAACCACAAAGGUCAAGCCCUUCACCCUUGCUUUAACAUUCUCAAAAACUUCCCAAGAUUCUCUAUUAUGGGUUCCAUUUUCUGUAUUAUUUUAUGUUAUAAAUACCCCGUUGUUAAGAGCUUCUCGACAUUCUUUUGUGCUCAAAGAAACCUAGUCUCUCUUCCUUGUUUGAUACAUAUAUUUUCUUUACUAUCUUGAUGGCAAAUUACUCUAUUAAUUCAUCCCUAAACAAAUCUAUUUCUUCCAAAGGAAUAUCAACAAAAACAAGAACAAGCAACGACUCCGCUGAAGAGAGUGGGUGGACUGCAUACUUCGAAGAUUAUGAUCAGCAAAACAGUCACUGCAGUUCUAGUUUUAGUUGUAGCGUUUCUCUGGUCUCGGACGUUGCAACGACCGUGGCCGGCUCCGUUGCUGGUGCUUGCUCUUCAACCUGUGAUACUUCCUUAAAAGUUCCCAUGAAACUAGGGUUCAAAAAGACAAGAACUAAAGAGAUUUGUGGGGGUGAUUCCUUGGAGGAUACUGCUACUUCUCCUGUCAAUAGUCCCAAGGUUCGCGACGUGAAAUCAAAUAAUAUGGAUCCCAAAAAGAGGGAAGAUCAAAUCCAUAGCUCUCUGGGGAAGGAUACUACGUCAGAGAAUUAUUCAAAAAGAGGGUGUUCCUUCGACCAAGUUAGUUAACACAUACUCCACCCGCUUAAAUAUUAAAAAAUUAAUACUGCUGUGGGUUUUACUACAUGCAAAACUCGAGAUUAUAAUAAUUUUGAAAUCAUCAUAUUUUAAUAUUUUUUAAGUUUAUUUAAAUUUAAAUUUUAAAUAUAUUUUGAUUAUUAAUUUAACGAUGCAAUAUAUUAUUUAUAAUUAUUGUAAUUCCUUUUAAAAAUUAAUAUAUUAAAAUUUACUAUCUUGGCUCGAAAAGGCAUUUACAAAUUUUUCAAAUAAAAUCCAUAAAGAAUAUUGAAUUGAUGAAGAUGAAGAAUGAGUGAUUAUAUCCAUAUGUUUUCUUUUGUACUUCUCGACAACCCUAAUCUUCUACGUUAUUUCAAGUGGUUUUUCUAUCUUGGGAAAUGAAUGAAUUGAAAACAAAUUCUAUCUGUUGAUUGAUAAA